UUCCUAUUCCUUUUCUUCUCUGCAAUCCGGGCUUCCCAGAUUUGUUAGAAACACGGGUGUUUCGUUUUUUUGCUCGAAUUUCACACAAGAAUUCCAACAUCGCGCUUCAACGGCCGAACCAGACAAGAGAUGGAGGGUCCCAGGAUUUAUCUCCAUCAUCUCGAUCCCUUUGUUUGCUUUUUGUUAUCGUUCAGCUUGUAGAUCUCUGUGAGAAUAUGAACAGAGGAUGAUAAAUAGAGGAUCUGAAUCAAUGGCCUCGUUUUCUGGUUUGGGAAUGUUCUUGAAUCUUUCAGGUAUGGUACAAUGGGGGGGACAUCACGUCUUGGUAGAUUUACAGAUCCAUGUCGUUUUCUCCGCAAAUGAUUUCUGCUGAAAACAAUUAUAAGCCAUCUCCAUCAUUGCAUUACUCUCCCGCUGUCGUCCUUUUCCCUGGCAUUUACUCUUUCACUAUUACUCUCAUGUCCCAAAAAAGACAUUUACGCAUAAUUCCGAAACAGCUUCUGGAAGAGGAUGUGCAUUCUUUCUGGAGUAGGGGCCAAUUCUUUGAUGUUCUUUUCUUUUUAUGGUUUCUAAAACGUGAUGUUCAUUUGUUUUCCCUUGCUUCAUGUCUUUAUAAUGCAAUUCAUUUCGUUGUGUCUUGAAUCUGUGUUUUCCCGGAGUCAUUUUCUGGCUAAAGUUUCUGGGAAGGAAUGGAAAACCGGUGGACGCUGAGAGGCAUGACGGCUCUUGUAACUGGUGGAGCCAGAGGGUUGGGGCAUGCCAUGGUUGAGGAACUAGCUGGCUUUGGAGCAAUAGUUUAUACGUGUGACAUAUCUGAGUCUCACCUUAACCAAAACUUACGCGAAUGGAAAGAGAAGGGCCUUCGAGUCUAUGGUUCAGUCUGUGAUGUAUCUUCCCGUUCCGAGAGAGGGAAACUGAUGGAGAUCGUCUCCUCUCUGUUUGGUGGCAAACUCAACAUUCUUAUAAACAACGUGGGCGUAUGUGUGUCAAAGCCGACUACAGAAUAUACAGCACAAGAUUUCUCGUUUCUCAUAGCCACAAAUUUCGAGUCUGCUUACCAUCUCUGCCAGCUCGCUCAUCCUCUGCUGAAGGCUUCAGGAUCUGGAAGCAUAGUGUUCAAUUCCUCCAUUGGUGGAGUUGUAUCAUGUGUCCUUGGAUCCAUCUAUGGUGCAACAAAAGGAGCUAUGAACCAGUUAGCGAGAAACCUGGCGUGUGAGUGGGCAAGCGACAACAUAAGGGCAAACUCGGUAGCUCCUGGUGUCAUUCCUACUCCCAUGGCUGAAACUCAUAUGCGUGACUACGAGUUCACAAAGACAGUACUCUCAAGAAUUCCGAUGGAACGAUUGGGAGAGACAAAGGAGGUUUCGUCGUUUGUGGCGUUUUUGUGUAUGCCUGCGGCUUCAUACAUAACAGGUCAGACCAUUGUCGUCGACGGAGGUCUCACCAUCAACGCCUUCUCCUACCAACCCAACUCACAAUCGGAGUAAACUCUACCAAAGAUCCUAAUGAACCCGACAUGUAUAAGUAUAGGUGAAUCUUAGUUCGCCGAUAAUAAAAUCAGGAAGACUUCGUAUGAUCUCCAAGUUUGUUUAGAUCUGUUUAUGCUGAGAGGCUUUAUUGCACAAAAUGUCAUUCCGCGUAUAACUUUGCAGAACCCUGUCUCUGUGUGCAUGUAAUAAAAUUCUGUUUUCACGUA